UUAACAUCGUUCUGGCAAAGUGUGAGUAGGAGUGAGAGUAGUUUUACGAAUGAGUGAUCGCGUUGGUAUUAGUUCUUCAGCUGGCCGUUAUGCCCGUGUGAGUCCUUCGCCGGGUCGUGGUACAAAAGUUGCAUAUGCACCCUGUCCUCUAUUCGAUGCCCAGGAUGUUGAAUUGGGUGGCAAUUGUUUGGCCAUACCAAUGUCAUCGUUACAGCCGCCGCCACUAGCCCAUAACAAAGCAUCAUUAACAAAUGGCAAUAAUCAUAAUAACAACAAUAACAACCAUCAUCAUUAUAAAAAGGAACGUUGCAGUGGCUUCACACAAUCAUACUCCACUGCCGCCACCUCGCUUCCUCUGCCCACAAUGCAGCAUGAAUUGGAUGCACCGCAGCCUUUAGUUGAUCGCAAGCCCUCAGUAUCGCUUUUGAGAUGGAAUAACGGCAACAGUAGCAACAGCAACAUCAACACCUCUGCCCACAUCAUCAACUACAGCAACAGCAGCAACAUGAACCUCAACAGCAAUGUCUACAACAGCAGCCAACAGAUUUACACGCCUAACAGUAGUUUUAGAAAACAAUCAGACACCAAGGGGGGCACGGGCUUGCCAACAACCUCGUCCACUGCUGCUAGGCAAGCAAGUUUUGCUACUGGUGGCGGCGGCGGUGCUGGAGGAGGUGCAGCAGCAGCUGGCGGCGCUAAUAAUGGUCUGACUGUAAGCUCUUCACGAUCAGAGCCCAUAUCUUUGACCACCUUAGAUCGUGAUUGUUUUAUAAUACCGGUACACAGUGUAGAUCGUUUUCUGCCAGCUGGUAUACCGUUGCCACCCUCGCCCGUGGAGGGUACUAGCACCAAACCUGCCAGUCCUCUGAGUGUUUUAGAGGUUUCCGAUCCCAAACUCUGUAUACUGGUGCACUUGAUGAGUCCUCUAGAACCCAUUGAUCCGGUUCUCGAAUCUCCCUUAGCUCAUCCGCUACUCAAACAACGUGCUGUGGCCUCAGAGCUUUUGACGGAAGUUCAACAGGCUAAUACAGCCGUAGGUGGGAUGCUGUUGGCCAAUAUGGAGAAAUGUUCUGAAUUUCCUUUUAUCACUUAUUACGUUAUAAAUACAACACAAACGGAUCCUUCAAAUUUUUAUACAGGCAUUAGAGUUUCAUCUUUAUCGAAAUUUGAGCCUAAAAAUUUAAAAUACACUGCCGCUCACACUUUAGACUUGUAUAGCGAAGUGGCCGCAAUAUGUCGUCCACCUUUACAUUUGGCCCCCAAUGAAUCGGGCAGCUUUAAAAAGUCACAGACUCCCGCAACGGGAUAUAUAAUAUCGGUUUUUAAGGUUUUCGAAGGAGAUGAUGGUGAGAGAUUUGAAAAAAAUUGGCUAUACUGGACAGGGGCCAGAAUGUUGUACAGAUACUUGCCUCGUGCUGCCGGUCUGCGGCGCAUUGCUCUACAUAAAAGUACUUCACAGAAAGGUGAUAAAAUGUAUUUGUUGGUAUGUGAAUGUGCCGAAUUGUUAAAGGACAUAACAUCAGCUGCCGUUUUAAUACCUGCCCUUAGAGCCAGACUAUGUGGCUACACAGGACUUUAUAGACCAAUUCAAGCAUUUUGAGUUUUUAUCUUUUUAUUUCCGUGCCACUUCCUUCCUUCCCUUUCUUACUUCUCAUUUUCAA